AUGUCUUACAAUAGAAAUCAGCAGCCUUGCAAAUAUUUCCAGCAGGGAAGAUGUAACAAAGGGAAGGCAUGCAACUUUGCACAUGUAUAUUCAAAUAACCAAAAUAAUUCAUCACAGACAGCAAUGGGGAAAUCAGAGGCUGAGCGAUAUAAAGAUUUAGUUAAUGAUUCUUCUUUGGAUAAGUGGUCAAACUUGGUGACGAACGACAUGAUCGAUGUAAACUCGUUUCGCAUAAAGCCCUUGAUGUCAAGUUAUAGUGUCUCAGAUGUCGCUGCGGUAAACUUAAUCCAAGGUAGAGACUAUUCUGCUGAAGAAAGUAGGUUUCAACACUGGAUGGCUAAGCAGCAGAAUAAUUUAUCACAUUAUGAAGCUGAACUUAACGCGAGGGAUGAAGAUAUGAAGAAGUGUAUAAAAUUUGUGAAAGAUAAUGCCAAAAAGGGUUCACGGUUUUUACAAUUAGCCACUAGGCGUCUAAAAGAACAAGGUUCUUAUCCUACAAAAGGUUUUAUAGAGCACCCAUUAGACUUAACAGGAAAAUCUUAUGGCAUAACAAGCAAUACUUUUCAGGCGGCAAAUACCUUUGGGGCUUUUGGUGGCACUCCUAGUCCGAGUCCGUUUGGACAAUUAUCAACAGCUACUGGCAAUCUAUCAGCAAGCAUAGGUACUACUGGUGGAUCAUUUGGACAGCCUUCUUUUGGUCAAACCUCGCUGCCAGCUACCGGGGGUGUCUUUGGUCAACCUUCUUUUGGUAGCAGCAACGUUAUGGCUGGAGCUACUGGAGGUGUAGGCCUUGGAUCAUCUGAGGUGUCAAGCGCGUUUGGGAAACCAGCUUUCGGCAACCAAACUACUUCAGGGGUGAUUGCUUCAGCAAACAAUAGAUUCAGCAGUAGUAAACCGAAUGCUUUUGGCCAACCAACUUUUGGCUCAAGCGGUUUUGGAGCCACCACCAAGCCUGCAUCUACUUUUGGUCCUAUAAAUACGACAAGUUCACCUUUUGGCUCCUUCAGCAAUAAUUCCAGCACUUCACCUUUUGGACAAUUCAGCAAUAAUUCCAGCACUUCACCUUUUGGACAAUUCAGCAAUACAACAGCUGCAUCCGUUACAUCUCCAUUUGGCAGUUCUGCAACCCAAUUUAGACAUGGUGCUAUACCGAAUUCAACAAAUGUGUCGUCAGCCGGUAUUAAUCAGAAUAAUUCUGGUAGUCCAUUUGGAACAAACCAGGCUAAUCCAUUUCAAAAUCAGACUACUGGUGUCCAGUCGCCGUUUAACCAACCAACUUCGUUUUCCGCUGGGAAUGCUUUUGGAUUUGGCCAAAAUGGCAUGACCAGCAAUCUGUUCAAUAAAACUUCUGGAGCUAAUCUUCCAGCUUCCCACUUUGAACAAAAGCCCCCAGAUCCUUUCAAUGGCAUUAAAAAUGUUUUCAAUUCAUCUUCCAAUCAACCGGUUUCUACCUCUUCUGCAACUUCAUUUGUUCAAGGUUUGCCAACAGCAGAUGAUAAAAUAACAGAAGAUGAUCUACCCACUGAAAUUUUAAACGAGUUCAGGGCUGACAAGUUCACACUCAGGAAUGUUCCAGAUGCACCUCCUCCGCUUACUUUGGUUAGCUGA